AGGUCAGAUAUAGUAUCAAGGCUGCAUGUAUAUAAGGACAGAAAUAUGCAGUGGAUACUCUUGCUUAGAUGGGGCAAACACCAGAGGAUUUUGAGAGGCACGCAAUGAGGAGCUUGAUUUUUGUCCUCACUCUGAGCGUUUUCUCAUGCUCAGGAUUUCCAGUGUAUGACUAUGAGCUCCCUGUCACAGAAGAGGCUCUCAAUGCUUCUAUUGCAAGGAUCAAUUCUCAGACUUGGGGGCCAAACUUGUAUGGAAUUGUCAGGAGCCACGUCAGACAUGUUGACAUGUGGAACAGCAAUGAUUAUAGACUAGAGCUGCAGCUCAGUAUUCGUGAAACCGAAUGCACAAAAGCUUCAGGAAGAGACCCGUUUACAUGUGGCUUCAAAGUGGGGCCUUUUGUGCCAACUGCUGUCUGCAAAAGUGUUGUGGAAGUCUCCAGUGAGCAGAUUGUGAAUGUUAUUGUGCGAUGCCAUCAGAACACAUUCAGCUCUGAAUCGAUGAGCAGUGAGGAGAUGAUGCAUAUGCUGAUGAUGAACCCAAGCAAGCGAGGUAGCAGUCGCUCUGAAGCCUUCUCAUCAAGGGGAAGAGGCCGCAGCAAUGGUGACUGGCAUAAACCUGAUUAUACUAACCCUGGCAAAAUUGAAUAAUGCAAUUUAGGAAAAAAUCUUAGAAUCACCUUCUGCUUUACAGCCAACUGGCCAUUGGAUGGGUUCAUCGGGUGCUGAAUGGUUGCACUGCUCAGUCCGUAGUGCUCUGACAUAUUACAGCUCAUCAGGAGUACGGUCUCAGACACCUAAUGCGACUCUGUCCAGUAUGUGUUGUACCAUCUCAUAGCAGUGAUAUUAAAAGAUCAAAGGAUUGCUAUUGCA